UUUAGAAAUUCUACAGACAAAAUGAAGGCAGUUUUUAUCCUUUUGUGCUUGGCAGUCACCGCUUUCGCCGUUGAGGUGAACGAAGACUUUGUCAAAUCUGCUUUGGAAUUAAAAAGACAUGUUUUGGAAUCCGGAACUCUUCAAGACCCACGGGUGAAGAGAGCCAUGUUGGAUUUACACGGACGAUGUAACCAGGUUGGCGAACCAUGUAAUAUGAGAGUUGGAUGUUGCGACAAGGACAAGUACCGCUGCUCAAACUGGUUACAAGGUGGAACAUGUGUCGAGAGAGGGCAAGAGUACGAAAGCCAAGUGGACGCUAUCAAAGAAUACUUCGAGAAUCUCGCUUAAUUCCAUCUGUAAUCUCAUCAUAUAAAAAUAAAAUGUUAUGAUUAGGCUAAG